UGUACACUAUUUAUCGAUCGAUAUUUCAAUUAUUUACUUGUAAAGCGUUGUAUGUGUUUAAGCUUUAAAUACAGUAUUUAUAGUUUCGUUAUAGCAUAGAGAAUUUAACUACUAAAAUGGAAGUAUCUGGACGAAAAGGACAUAUUGUUUGUGAACCGUGUGCAGAAGAUGGAGACGACAUUACUGCUGACGGAUGUUGUAAAGAAUGUGAAGAGAAUAUGUGCAGUAAAUGUUUUCAACAUCACCGGAAGGGCAAACAUUGCAGAAACCACGUGUUUCUCUAUGCAUAUUGUGGUUCACCAUCUGCUUUAAAAAUAAAGCCAGUAGGAUUGAUAGACAAAUGUCCAAAGCAUGUUGAAGAGAAAAUAAACUUCUACUGUGAAGCUCACGAAAUAGUUGGUUGCGGAGAAUGCAUAAUACACGAGCAUAAAACAUGUGAAGUUUUAUAUAUAUCAGAUGUGACAAGGGGACAAAACGAACAUGAGUAUAUAGAAGAGGUUGUUAAAGAAAUAGAAAAUUGCAGCAACGAAAUUAAAGAAUACGAGAAAGAAAUACAUAGAAAUAUUGCGAAAAUGAAAGCUGCACAUGUAAAAUUCACUUGUGAUGCUGAGCGAUUUAAGCAAGAGAUACUGGAAAAAAUAGACAAACUCAUAUUUGAUGCAUGCAAACAGGCCAGUUUUAUAAAAACUGAUACCUUGAGUGCAUUAGGGAAGCUAAAGGUAGAAGUAUCUAAUAUAACAGAUGAGUUAUCAUCAAUGAAAACUAAGGCCGGCAUGGAGAAAAAUGAGCCAACCGGUAACUUUGUCAUGGCCUUAUGGUUAAGAAAGCGAUUAAAGGAAAUAGAAGAAGAUUUAAUAGAAAUUGGCAAAAGGACUAUUGGGACAAAAUAUAGGUUUCUGAAAAAUGAAAACAUUGAACAAGAAGUUGAAAAAUGCAAGGGACGUGACUUAUAUCUUAGAGGUCCAGAUGAUGAACUGGACAAAUAUGGUAUCAGGAACCCAAGAACGGUUAUCCUAGAGAAAGCUUCUGGAGUUUUUGGUUUAACAAUAAAAGGAGGUGGUGAUAAGCAACUGCUAUUUGUACAUAAAGUUGUACCUGGUACACCAGCUGCAAAUUCUAACAAGAUACUGCUUGGAGAUAACAUCAUUUCGAUAAACAACGUAGAUGUAACUAAGGCGUCUCAUCGUGAAGCAGUUUCCUUAAUGAAAAAAUCUGAGAAAACAAUUCUACUUCUUUGCCGCCCAGAAGAUUUCAACGCAAAGAAGUAGCUAUGAACUAUAGAAAGUUUUAGAAGAAUGAACAGCAUGAACUGUUUCAGUAACAGGUAGGAGGCAAUAUGCCCGAAAUCAAAAAGAUACAUCAGAUCAAGACUUGGAUUAAAUACUUAUAUCAUGAUGAAUGUGUUUUUAAUCUGAAAGGGAGCAUUGUGUAGAAGGAAAAUGUCGCUUAAGUAUUUCCAUCUAAAUGUAUUAUAACAACGCAAAAAUUUGCAAAAAUAAUAAUUAUAAAAAAAAAUGUUUCAAUGUUACUUUAUUAGUCAUGUCAGAAUGAGUAUGGCCGUGGUUUGUUUUUGUAAACAUUUGGUUUUUCACCAUUUAUUUUUGUUUUUGUUUGAGUUGUCAACUCAAACAUAUACAGAUAUAAGAACGGGCAAUGUAUUCCAUUAGGGAAAAUCUCUUUUGUCUCCAUCCCGACAAUCGCUAUGACUGUCCUUUACUGCUUAUGUUAUCCUACAUACCUUUCCAAUGUUUCAGCCAUUUUAACAUCUUGUGAGAAAUUUGGCAUUUCCAACAAAGAUAAUGUUUCGUUUUCUUCAGACAUCUGGAAAGAAAAUGAUUUGACCUUUCAAGUAUCUGACAAAAAAUGUUUUUGCUUUUCUGACAGAAGGCAAUACAAUAUUUUGGUAUUUCUGACAUCUGACAAUAAUUAGUUUUUGGCCUUUCAAAUAUCUAUGCUUAUGUUUCUAAAUUAAAACAAGAGCACCGCAAAGGCCGGUUAAUAUACUCACGAACGAACUUUGUUUGAGAAAUCAGAAAUAAUCUUUCAGUUUGGGAAGAGACGCAUUCAUAAAAAUAAGCGAGAACAAAGAUCAACAAGGCAAAGGAAACAUUCACAGGAUGCAGCUCCCGAUUUAACUUUACCAACAUUUUUUUAUCUUAAUUAUCUUUGAAAUACUAAAUAACCCCCGGGAUGAGAGCAUCUUGACUCACUGGUGAUUGAUUAAACUUUUAUAAACAUCUAUUAGGCUAUGCUACAUGCUAUAAAUAUAUAAAAUGUGAACUUUGUUGUUUUUAACACUAAAAGUUGAUGCAUUUUCUAAUUCAUCAAUCAACACAAGUAUGUGACCCACAUGGCAUCGGGUCGGUGUCAAUACUGACCCAAGGGGGAAUUUCGUGGAGGUCCACAAUGUAAUGCUACACACCAACUAUUUCAACUCUCAGCAUAGUAGUUUUGCCAAAUAAGAAUUUAAUGUAUUUUCCUAAAUUUAUCUAUGUUAAUAAAGUGAUCAUUAGGGCAUUGCAAAUAUUAAUCCUUGGUUUAUAUAAAUUGUUAGGCAAUCCACAAGAUAUUGUUACAUGCCAAAUAUCUAAGCUCUGGGCAUUGUAGUUUCACAAAAUAAGACUUAAAUGGUUUCCUUAAAGAUUUUAUAAAUCAAGUAUCCCCCCUCCCCGAGGGCGGGGCCAAUAUUUACCAACUGGUUAAAUGAUGGCAUUGAAAUUGUAAAAAAUCAUUGUGAUACUAUUAUAUGGUUAAAGCUAGAUCAUUGAAAAUGAUAUAUAUAUAUUUGCGGUGUAUAUAUAUGUUGUGAGGAUUGAUCUGCAUAUAAUGUUUUUAAUACUGAUUUAUUUGAACUUUUAGAAAACGAUAUUUCCGUCUUCAGUCAGCAAGGUUCGAUAUAUAUUGUAGGCGAUUAUAAUAGCAGAGUUGGUAAUAAGCAUGAUUUUAAUACACACGAUUGUUUAAAUUCAUAUACAGACGAUUAUGACUAUAUUCCUGAUGAACAUCUUUUCCGGACCUCUGUAGACAAAAUUAGUAACAGUCAAGGUAUUAAACUCCUUGAUCUAUGCAAAUCUUCAUGUCUACGAAUAGUUAACGGUAGAAUUGGCGAGACAUGUAAAUAUACGUACGUCUCAUCCAGAGGCGCAUCGGUGAUUGAUUAUUUAUUAACC